UCUUCUUUUUCUCUGCGUUUCCUGAUUCCUCCCUUUGCUUUCCACAAAGAGUCGAACCCUCUCUCAGAAGCAGCUAACGGGGACUCAGUGUGGACAUGAGGAUGGGCCUCACUGUCGUCUGUGUGCCGGGGCUUUUCUUGAUGAAUAUUCUCCUCUACUGUGGACACGCUCAAGAUAUCUGGCUGUAUGUGGACCCAUACAGGUCAGCUUUCUUCACUGGAGAGUCUGUGACCUUCACAUGUAGCGUGACAGGAGAAGAGAAGGACUGGUAUUACUCAUUCAGGAGGGAUGGUUCUUCUUUUAACAACAACAUCCAUCAAAAGACGAUGACACGAUCUGUAACUCCAGCCCUCAGUGGUGAAUAUCAGUGUUUUGCAAGUCACAAGCGUCAACAAAUUGAUUUAGAAAGUAAUAAAGUCUCUAUAACUGUUUCAGGUGAACCCAAGCCGGUCCUCACGGCGGCUCCAUCGUGGCCGAGUCCCGGAGGCUCGGUGACUCUGACCUGCAGCGUUGACCCUCCGUCUGCAGGAUGGAGGUUCUUCUGGUACCGGGUUGUUCCCUUACUGCCAGCCUCCUACAGACUGAAGCUGCUACCGGGCAGCACCAACGGUACCGAGCGGAACUCCUACACCGCUCACGGGCACGCGCGCACAGCGGGAUACGCGUGCCGAGCCGCGCGAGGAGACCCGGUGUUCCGCUCCUCGUACAGUGAGCCUCAGUUCGUCUGGUCUGCAGAUUUCCAUCCAGCAGCGUCUCUCACAGUGAGUCCUCCCAGAAUGCAGUUCUUCAGCAAAGAGCCACUGUCACUGAGCUGUGAGGGAAACUCUACUGAAUGGAGAGUGAGCAGUUUUAUUAUAUAUGACCAGAAUACCUUCUACUCAUACUGUUCUCACUGGGGAACCAUGACUGGACCCACGUGCACAGUGUCCGACUCCUGGACUGGUGUGUACUGGUGUGAGUCUGAAACGGGGCAGUUCAGCAACGCAGCCAACAUCACGAUACAGAGCGGUGAUGUCAUCCUGGUGAGCUCUGUCCACCCGGUGACUGAGGGACAGUCGGUCACUCUGGGCUGCAGGUUGAAGACAGAAGAGCUUCUUCAUCACGUGGAUUUCUAUAAAAACGGCAAACUCAUCCCAGAUCAUAGCAGCGGGGAGCUGUUCAUCUCUGAAGCUACGAAGUCAGAUGAAGGUUUCUACAAAUGUGAAGCAAGAGAUUCAACUCGAGGUUUGAGGAGCUCGUCACCUCAGAGCUGGAUGUCAGUCAAAUCUGCAGCCCCCAGCUCUCCGUUCCCCGUGCUGAUGAUUGUUGGUCUGGUUUCUGGAGUUUCUCUGAUUAUUCUCCUGCUGCUGUUUCUGUAUUUCUGCUACAGAAGGUCAAAAGAUUCUCGCAUUGUGAGGUCUGAGAGCACCAAUCAGAGCGCAGCUACAGACCACGUGACCAACCAGGAUGAAACUCAAAACAACACAUAUGCCUCUCCUUUCCGUGGUGAAUCCACGCUCAAUUAUUCUGUGCUUGAGCUUGGAAAAAUGACAAAGAAGGGGAAGAGUCGUGAAGCAGACGAGGACAUCGAUUACUCUGACGGGAAGAUGGCUUCAGCUGCAGACGACGGUGUGAUGUACGCCCAGGUUCAUCCUCGCAAGAGAGAUGAAGGGAGAUCAAGAUCUGCAGCAGCAGAUGAAACUGUUUAUUCUGAAAUCAAACCAGGGACAACUCGUGAUCAAUGAAGACAUCCGUGUGCACAACACUGGUCAGCAUGAAAAACUAAAUCUGUUUUUGAUCAAUAUUUGCAGCUUUUUAUUAAAUAUAAUCUGUGUGGGCGGAUUUUCUAUCUGACGAGUCUUUUGUACAGUUAAUAUAUUAGGAGAUGAUUUAGAGGAAAUCAUCAAAUGGUUUUAAUCUUCUGUAUUUUUAAAAGUUUUUUAAAAGUGUCAAUAAACUUUUGUUUGCAAUAA